AAAACAACACUAUACUGUGGACGGACUCGUCAGCAGUUGCGAUAAAAGCAUCCACGCGUGACGUGACAUCACAAUGGACAAUAUAUUCUCCUUUUCCGACAACAAGAAACUACUUCUACAACACCAGUGCAUAUGACACGAGAUAGAUAUGAAGGAAUAGCUGUGGAUUGGGUAGCUGAGAAUGUUUACUGGACUGACUCCGGAUCUGAUCAAAUUAAGGUAGUGCGAAUGAAUGGGUUGUAUGUUUACACAAUUUAUCGCGGGGGUCAAUUGUUACGCUCCAUCGCCCUUCACCCUGUUGCUGGGUUAUUGUUUGUCACUGACUGGGGCACCAAAGCUGGAAUUAUCCGGAUGAAACUGGAUGGAACCGGUGUAAACUGGAUUGCAACUAGACUUGGUUGGCCAAAUGGGAUUACUAUCGAUUUUGGGAGUGAUAGAUUAUAUUACUGCGAUGCCCAACGUGAUACAAUCCAUUCAAUUGAUUUCAAUGGAAAUAAUCGUCAACUAGUUUAUGACGAGGCACAGUUCAGAACAUAUGGUAUCGAUUUUUACAACGGAAAGCUGUAUUGGUCGGAUAGUCACCAUUUACGAGGAUCAAUAAACGUAUGUGAAGUUAGGACCCAAUGCACAAAUAGUUCAAUCAAAUGGCUGGCAAAAGGAUUAUCGUUGCAGUUAAAAGAUAUGGUCAUAUUUAGUGCAAGUAGACAGAAUGGAACAAAUGUGUGUGCAGUUAAUAAUGGUGGUUGUGAGGAAUUAUGUUUUCACGUUGGAAACAACGUUCGACGAUGUGCAUGUGCGCAUGGUGUUUUGACGGCAAACAAUAGAAGCUGUCAGCCACACAAACAAUACAUCGCAUAUUCUGAAAGCAAACUCAUUCAAAGCAUCAAUGUUGAUGAUCUUAAUGAUCCAAAUGCCCCAUUACCUGGAAUAGAUAAUCCUGACCUCAUGAAAUCCGUGAUAGCACUGGCAAUGGAUUAUAAAGGCCAUCGUAUGUUCUACAGUGACAUGACUAUGCGUAACAUAUACAGCGUGAACACUACAUAUAAUGGACGUUCAAUAUCUAAUCCACAACUUGUAGCAAGAGAUGUUGGUCCUGUAGAAGGCUUAGCUUACCACAAAGUUGAACACGCUCUGUAUUGGACAAGCUUAGUCCAGCGGGACAUACGACGUCAGCUUCUUAAUUCUACCAACAUAGAAAUCAUAGUACCUGAACAAGAUGUAAAUGACCGCUUGAGGGCACUAGUGCUUUACGAAUGUGCGAGACCAAAUUACAUUUUCUGGACCAACUGGAACGAAAGAAACGCGAGUGUCUCAAGAUCAACAUCUGGUGGCCGUAAUAUCAAAUCAAUAAUUUCAACGAAGAUUAAAACACCGAAUGCUCUCACCAUAGAUAUCAUAGUGAAGCAAUUAUAUUGGGCCGACGCCUCGUUAGAUAAAAUUGAAAGAUGUGACUUUGAUGGUGGAAAUAGACAGGUUAUAAUAUCCAAUGGUCUGGAUCAUAUCUUCUCCCUUGCUGUACUUGGUAAAUACUUAUACUGGAGUGAUUGGGGCAAUAGGAUGAUAUUAAGAGCUAACAAAUGGAAUGGCGGGGCAUUAGAAAUCAUGAGAAACAGAAGCUACCCUCACCCACUGGGUGUAAUGGCUGUGUAUGAUGAUAAAUGCGGUCGAGAUCCCUGUGACUCGGCAUCUUGUAAAUAUCGCUGUGUCGUACUUGACGAUGGUUCAGCAGCGUGCAUGUGCCCUGAUGGGGUAAUAUCGGACGAAUGUGGGGCUCACACAGUAUGCACAAAUGAUCAGUUUGACUGUGGAGAGGACCAACACCUAAGAUGUGUGGCUUACAUAUACACAUGCGAUGGUACACCUCAUUGUAGUAAUGGGGCAGAUGAAACUGAUAUUUACUGUAGAACCAGAAGUUGCAGGGAUGGCUACUGGAUGUGUGAGAACGACACUUGUAUUGAUAAACGUCGAGUAUGUGAUGGAUUAUCUGACUGUGAUGAUGGGAGUGAUGAAGAUCCCGAUAUUCAGUGUCCUAAUUCACCAUCAAGGUUGUCUAGAUUACCAUGUAGUUAUGGAAUGUUUAGUUGUGGAGAUGGUAAAUGCAUCCCAUUGAGUUGGAAAUGCGAUUCUGAGUCUGACUGUGAUGAUGGUUCAGAUGAAAAUUGCAACCAUACAUGUCCACUCGGCCACUUCCAAUGCUCAACCUCUCAUAAAUGCAUCCCAUUGUCUUAUGUUUGUGAUGCGGACAAAGACUGUUUUGAUGGGAGCGACGAGGCAAACUGUUCGAGUAAAUGUCGAGAGGAUUUCUUCAGUUGUGUUGGUACAGGUCAUUGUAUACCUGACACCUGGGUUUGUGAUGGGGAGGUGGAAUGUCCAGAUGGAUCGGAUGAAUUGUCAUGUGACAUCUCAUGUGGCGCGGAUAAGUUCCGAUGCGAUAAUGGAAAUUGUAUUUCUAUGGCUUGGAAAUGCGAUCGAGAGUUUGACUGUGACGAUCAUAGUGAUGAAGUUGGUUGCAGUUAUGGCGCAUGUAAACAGUCGAUGUUAGAAUGCAAGAGUGAUGCUGAAUGCUACAUGCAUGAAUGGAAAUGUGAUGGAGAUAUGGAUUGUAGUGAUGGAACUGAUGAAAUGGAUUGCCCACCUUCUCCUACAAGUGCUUGUCCUGUUGAUCACAUUCCUUGUGGAAAUGGUUCAUGCAUAAACUUGAGCAAGGCCUGCAACAAUGUAUCUGACUGUACUGAUGGGGCAGAUGAAAAGCUAUGCUUCGUCAAUGAGUGUGAAAAUAAGCAAAGCAAUCGGUGCCAGCAGUUGUGUAUUAACAGAGAUUACAGUUACAAAUGUGGCUGCAGGCCUGGUUUCCAACUAAGUACUGACGGUUAUUCGUGCUCGGAAAUAAACGAGUGCGCUCACAUUGUACCCCCAUGUUCACAAAUAUGUGAGAAAUACCCCAACACCUAUGAAUGCAGUUGUGCCCCUUCCUACUAUAGGGAUCCAUUAAAUAGAAGAAACUGCAAAGCUGGGAGUCACACAGGAGAACCAUAUAUAUUGUUCGCUAACGAAUAUUUUCUUCGGCAACUUUCUUUGAACGGUUCGAACUACAGCUUGCGAUUGGCUCAUCUUAGUCACAUGACCGCGCUUGAUUUUGAUUGGUCGGGACAAAAGUUGUAUUGGAGUGAUACAACAAGAUCUGGGAGUUCUAUACAAAGAAUGAAUUUAAAUAAAACGUUCCACCCCAGUGAUUUUGGUCCUGGAAGCGACCAAUCAGGGAUCGAGACGAUCCACCAAUCUUUACAGAAAGUUGAUGGAUUGGCUGUUGACUGGAUUGGAAGGAACAUAUACUGGAGUGAAAGGGACAAGAACACGAUAGAGGUUUCGAAAUUAGACGGAAGUUUCCGGAAAGUUCUCGUCAGGUCUGGAUUGGAGGAACCUCAAGCUAUUGCUUUGUUACCAGAUAAAGGGUACCUGUAUUGGUCAGAUUGGGGGAGUGAUCCACAUAUAGGGAAAAUAGGAAUGGACGGAACAGACAGAAGUGUUAUAAUUCAUAACAGGAUACUGGGCCAGCAGACAUCACACAGUUGGCCAGGAGCUGCCCUUGGUUGGCCUAAUGCACUAACUAUUGACUAUGCUGCAAGGAAGCUAUUCUGGGCUGAUGCUAAAGAAGGAUAUAUUGCCCAUUGUGAUUUAGAUGGCGCUAAUGCUGCUAUUGUUGUUCAAAGCCCUGAUAACAGAGACAGCCGAAUUUUUUCCAUCUCACUUUUUGAGGAUAGUAUUUACUGGACAGAUUGGUCACAAACAUCUAUUAUGACAUCAUACAAGUUUAGGUCAAUCCACAAUACUACAAAUGUUCAUCCCAUUCAUAAAGUUGUGCAUAUUCCCAUGGAUUUAAAAGUAGUUCACCCACUAAGACAGCCCAUGCCAGCGUCACCCCACCCUUGUCUAAUAAACAAUGGCGAUUGUUCUGAUUUGUGUCUACUGUCACCUGGUGGAGGAAAAUCAUGCAGUUGUCCCGAAAAUUUUAUUUUACAAAAAGACGGGAUUUCGUGUGUACAGAACUGUAGUUUUAGUGAGUUUGUAUGCAAGAACCACAAAUGCAUUCCAUUCUGGUGGAAAUGUGACACUGUUGAUGACUGUGGUGAUUAUUCGGAUGAACCUGAUCACUGUCGUCAUUUUUUCUGUACACCAGGCAUGUACCAAUGUGCUAAUACUACCAAAUAUACCAACAACUCAUGUAUUAGCCCAAGCGCAAUAUGUGAUGGGACACCACAGUGUACUGAUGGGUCAGAUGAAUUAAAUUGUGAUCACCACGUAUGCCUCCCCACGCAGUUCCGAUGCUCCCAUCCUCCCAAAUGCAUCCUCCGGAUGUUUAGAUGCGAUGGGAAGAAGGAUUGUGAUCAAGGAGAGGAUGAAAUUGGAUGCGCGCCAGUUUCGUGCUCAUCAACUGAGUACGAGUGUCAACCGUCACCAAACAACGAGACCUCCUGUAUUCCAUCGAGAUGGAAGUGCGAUGGUGACGUGGAUUGUUACCAUGGCGAUGAUGAAACGAACUGCACUGUUACUACAUGCAUGGAUUCUGAGAUGAAAUGUUCGAAUACAGGCCCGUGUAUAAGCAAGUCGUGGGCAUGCGAUGGUGAGAAUGAUUGUAGAGAUGGUAGCGAUGAAUUACCUUCUAUAUGCGGCAACAAGACAUGUAACUCCGAUCACUUUAUGUGUGGUAAUGGGAUAUUGUGUAUUCCUAAUUCAUGGGUUUGCGAUUCCGAUAAUGACUGUGGAGAUAAUAGUGAUGAAAGGAAUUGCACCAACACUCCAUGCGCAUCUGGCGAGAUCUCGUGCACAUUUACUCAGCAGUGCGUGAAGAAAUCAGCCAAGUGUGACGGAAAGUAUGAUUGUCUCGACCAAUCAGACGAGCUGUAUUGUCAUGUGACCUGCAACAAAGACCAGUUCCGAUGUGAGAAGCCACCCUUAUGCAUUCCGUUGUCGUAUAAAUGUGAUGGUGUACCUCACUGUAAUAAUGGAACAGAUGAAAUUAACUGUAAAGGUACAGCUUCGAAAUGUUGUGGUAACGCCACAUUCACGUGCAUGGAUGGAGCUUGUAUACCUCAUGUAUGGAAAUGUGAUGGUGAAUUGGAUUGUCCUGAUGGUAGCGAUGAAGGCCCUGUGUGUUCUGUCUUCCAAUGCCCUCCUGACAGACCUUACAGAUGUCACACCCAAGAUAUAUGCUUACCGUUAAACAAGUUAUGUGAUGGAAUUAACAACUGUGGAUCGCAUAAUGAUGAUGAGACGACAUCUGUUUGUAAAGCCGCAGAUACAUAUGCAGGUCACUCUGCCAACUCUACACACUGCCUCUUGUGGCGAAAACAUUUGGGGUCAAGGUCGGGGAAUCCCCCUAACCCAGUGGGUGAGCAUGGGUUUGUUUGUUCGUCGGGUGAAUGCACCCCGUAUUCAACUUUAUGCGACGGGGUGGAAAACUGUGAAGAUGGAUCCGAUGAGAUUGGAUGUUUUAGUGGUGCUUGUAACUCUCAAACCAACCCCUGUGGUUUUGUGAUUGGUUCAACUUGCAAACCACUCCCCCCUACUGCUAAGGGUGGGAGGUAUGACUCAUAUUGUUCAUGUGAACAUGGAUUGCAACUUAAACAUGGGAGAUUUGGUUUAAGCUGUUUCGAUAUAGAUGAAUGCUCUACUUUUUUACCAUGCUCACAAAGUUGUAGGAAUGUUUAUAAAGGAUUUCGAUGCAAUUGUUUCCUGGAUGGAGGAAAUCUGACUGGGUGUUUUGUCGCAUGGCCCCCAACCCAUAUGCGAUUCCCACAUUAUUAAUUGCACCUGGUAUUCCACAACUGUUAGCAACAUAUCAGAACCUUGAGUCUGUGGUGCAACCGACUGAAUCGUAUGUUCUGCCAAGUUAUGUCAAGAUUGACUUAAUGACAGCAGCAAGAGACACGGUUUAUUUUUUGGACAAAAGACAAAAUUCUAUCAUGAGUUAUAAAAGCAAUUUAACUAAGAAG